CGACUACGAAAAAACUUGUUUGAAAGUAGUUUGAGGUUUAUAUCCUCGUGAAAGCAUUGCCUAAAGCAGAAAGAAGCAGAAAACAACCUAAAGCUUAAGUUUCGCCGAGAUCUUUAAGAAAGGCCGAGGUGACAUCACAAAGCGCUACGCAUCUUGUCGAUGUACGGUCUUUUAGUGUCCCAAAUCACCCUUCCGAUUUUUGCAUCGUGCACAGCCUUCGAAAUGGACUUGGAAAUCGCCACACUACGAGCUGUAUGCUAAUGCACAAUGUGGAAACUGGAGGCGCUGACGACAUUGUCAGUCAGAUGUACGCACAUUCAGCAGGAGCCCCAGAGCCUUGAGGGCUAUUUAUGACGGUCUGCUUCUAACCGUCCGUUCGAAUCAAUUUUCGCAGAAUUUUUUUCCUUUUCGUAGUACACUUCUUGUCAGCCCUAUCGUCACCUUGGGCACAUCAUCUAUAUCGAAAAGAGUUUUUUUCCCGUUUGAAUUUCAGGAUUUUACAAUGUCUAGUUCCAAAAUGCCUGUCUUGCCGGUCACGAAUGAUGACACAAGGAGCCAUCCGCGGAAGGAACGAAGACUUCGUUAUCUCUCCUUCAUCCCAAACGUAGUACGUAAUGAGACUAUCGCGUUCCUUGGUGAGUUCGCUGGUACAUUCAUGUUUCUCUUCAUGGCUUUUGCGGCUACGCAAAUAGCCAAUUCAACGACUCCGCCACCAGCGGAUAGCAACGCCUUUCAGUAUCCGAAUCCUACCAAUCUCCUAUUCAUCUCCUUGGCAUUUGGCUUUAGUUUGGCAGUCAACGUUUGGGCAUUCUACAGAAUCAGUGGUGGUCUUUUCAACCCUGCGGUUACCGUCGGCCUCUAUAUUGUCGGUGCUAUCGGUCACGUCCGUGCUAUCAGUUCCUUCUUGGCCCAAAUAGCAGCUGCUAUUUCCUCUGCAGCCGUUGUCUCUGCUCUCUUCCCAGGUCCACUCAAUGUGAACACGACACUUGCAGGCCGGACAUCCAUUGCACAGGGCGUCUUCAUCGAGGCCUUCUUGACCGCCGAACUUGUCUUCGUCAUCUUCAUGCUAGCAGUUGAGAAGCACAAGGCUACGUUCUUGGCCCCGAUUGGUAUUGGACUAGCUCUGUUCAUUAGUGAGAUGUGUGGCGUAUACUUCACAGGUGGCAGUUUGAAUCCAGCAAGAAGUUUUGGCCCAGCUGUUGUGACUCGUCAGUUCAAAGGCUACCACUGGAUUUAUUGGGUAGGCCCAGUCACUGGAUCUCUUAUUGCAUCCGGCUUCUACAAGCUCAUGAAAUAUGGCGAGUAUAGAACCGCAAACCCUGGUCAAGACUUCGAUGACCAUGAGGCUGAGCUGUUUGAUCUUCCAACCACGGCAGCCACUGCCGAGGAUGUCGCGCGACCGAAUGUGUCUGCUGUAGCUGUACAACGGUCCAUCGAAUCUCCAGCGACUGGAAGCACUCUUAGUCCAGCUUACAGUGGCGUGCCGCUCAGUACAGCAGAAUUUCGGUCUCUCAGCACUCCUGAAGAUAACCGAAGGAGCUCAAGCAUGACAUAUGGAGCCGACAACGAUGAGGUGGGCAAGAAGUGAGUUUGAUCUAUUUUUAUUUUCUCUAAAUUUAAGGCGAAUCUUUCUUCCAUUAUCAAUUAAAAAUUAUCGUAAUCUAUGCGUGGAGUUGGUGUGGGACGCAUGUUUGGUAAAUCUCGUUUGUAUCUUAGCGGAACUGUAGAGCUAGUAACGACACGAAAUGAAAAGCGAUGAUUUCUCA